AUGCUUAUUAUCGCCUUUCUAUCAAAUUUUACACCUGUUUGCUUAUUUCCCAGGUCACCUGGUCCCAUAGUCUCUUCUCAGGUUUGCUCCGGUCAUUCUCAUUACCCGCUUCCUCCGGCUGGGUCUAAACGCAAGCGUGACUUCUCCCGAUUUUCGUUCUUCGCUUCACCUGAUGACAUUAAUAGUUUUUCUCUCAAUAACCCCUGUCCACAACCAUCCGGUGGUCACUAUGCUCAGGUGGAGUCUUCCCACACAGCUAGAACGUAUCCAGUCCAUAUAAAUGGGGGCUUAUCAAAUCUUCCUGAUUCUGGUCGUUCAGGCCCUUACUCAGUCUUCUCUAUUCCCUUGAAUCUUCAGUCCGGAACUCCAAUCUUCCCCUCCAACUUCAAUUUCACUUCUGACUCCCCUGCUCCUCUCCCCUUCAUUUUAGAGAACGGUUUCGGCCAUUCUCCAACUUUGGGUUCGACCCGUUUUCCAACUGGCAAGCCAAGUAUAGCUCGGGCUUUAAUCGAUCAAGAGGCUACAAGCCGUGGGCAGCACCAACCAUCAGAGCCAUUUCGGUCAGCUGGAUGCCAUCGCAAUCGUUUGCAACUAGCUGCUUGUACAGAGCACUGCACAGUUGUGGCUACCAAUGUAGCCUGCAGGGAGACAAUUGACUCGGCCAGUGGAGAUAGUAGAAAUGGAAGCAGCACGUAUAGCUCCGACACGGCAGGAUCCAAAGAUACUUCUCCCUCUCCAGAUGCUAGGCUGUCU